AUGUCGUCUUCUGAAAAAGAUAAUUUAAAAAUGACGCAAAGUAACACACAGGAAAGAUCGGAGGAACAGCCGUCAGAUUCGUCACACAAGGAGUGCCUGAUUCAGGACUGUUACUUCCAAGAUGACACACACUUCCCAUGUUACAUGUGUAGCAGCCAAGGAGGAGACGCAAAAUCGACAACCUCAGACGACGGAUGCGCAGGAGUGGAGUUCGCAAUAAGGUCGUUCUGGAGAAUAGCGAAAACGCAAAACGACAUAGAGUCGCCAAUGGAAGGAAAUUCAAAAGGAUUCCACUACAGACUGCUACUGCACCCGAGAGGAACAGCAGGAACGGAUUCAGAGUCAAGUCACCUGUCAGUGUUCGUGGAAGCAGUGGUACAGGACUGGUACCCAGAGUACUGGGUGUUCCCGAACGUGCGCUUCGAGCUGACGGUGGUUAAUUUCAAGGACCCGAAGCAGUCAGUGACGUCAUGGGCACACUGGAGUUUCUCGAGCGACGCAACGUCGAGAGGAUGGCAGAAGAUGAUCUCGCACGCAAGGCUGACGAAAACAGCAGGCUUCAUGGACGAGGAAGGAACGGUGCUGAUAAGAGGAAAGGCGGAGCCGCCCUACGGAUGCCUGUGGUCUAAGGCGCCACUGUACCAGCCGCAGAUGAUGUGGGAGUACAUACCGGACAGAGCACAGAGAGAACUGUGCACAGAAGUGUGCAGCAAAAUGAUACACCAAGCGAACGAAAGCCUGAAUCGCACGAACCAGAGCGACGCCGAGGACGAAAACAUCACCGACUGUAUGCUGCUCAAGUGCCUGGACUCAGUAGUGCCAGCAAUCAGUCCGACGCUGGACAGCGACAUCCUGAGCCUGAUGGUGCACGUCCUGUACCACCUGAGAGAGUUCAGAAGAAGCGUGCUGCUGUGGAACUACGAGUUCGACGGAGAAGUGACUGAGGAAACGAGCAUCAUCGUGGCGCUGCAGAAAGUGUUCGCAUACAUGUACCUGUACCCGUUAGCAGUGUCGUGCAGAACGUACAAAAUAUCCUCAGUGGACAACUCGAAGAUAUCGAAGUACUACCUGUACGAGCUUAUCCCGAAACAGUCACAAAAAAAUAGACCACAAUACAUAUCAGAGAGUAGCAGUGGUAAUAGAGAUAAUAGUAGCGAAGCAACUGAAGAAAUGGCUUCAGAAGAAUUUCAAGUAGUAAACGACAAGUACGACGCACCAACAGUAAACUGUUGUUCAUUCGACGGAGGUAGAUACGAGUGGGAAGUGAGGAAAACGAAAAGAGAAGAAAAAAAUAAAGAAAAAGAAGACCAAGGGAAGCAGUCACCAGUCGAGGAGUACAGACUGAUGCCAGGAACGCUGAGCAACAGCAUAGGAGAAAGGCCAGACGUGUUCUCAAAGCUGCUGCCGCCAUCGCCGAACCUGAAGCCAAUACUGAAGGCAAUGCACAUGACGGACCUGCAGACGCUGGAGCCGCAAGAUCUGCUAGUAAACCUGCACUCGGAAAUGUUCACAAUGAUCCUGAGAGACCUGGCGUCAGCGAAGAAGCUGCUGAAGCAGAGAAGAAUGAAAACCGCACAGGAAAACGGAGAAAACACAGAAGGAGCAGAAAGAAAGGAAGGAAACGAGGAAGAAACGCUGCCAGUGUACCUGCGAGACCAGACGCUGCUGGAGAGCACGUGCAAGUUCCUGUUCUCAGGCUCCCCGGAAAACGAAACGCUCUUCAGCCACCCGAGCGUGGACGACAUCUCGACGAUAUACAUCAGGUGUAAGCACUCAAACUCGCUGCAGAAGGCGCUGGAGGCGACGCCGAAGACGCUGGCAAGGUACCCGCAGGUGCUCUUCUUCUACCUGUACCCGACGAAAAACGCAAAGAAGGGAGAGUUGUUCGACGUGCCGCUGCGACUAGAUUGCACGUCGAUCAAGGUGUCGGGAGGAUUCGAUAACAUGAGCGACGACAGCAGAAACACGAACAACUACGACGAGUACGGAAACGCGGAGUGCUCGGAGGACGACGAGGACGCAUUCGGAGACUACGAUAACGCCUGCGACAAGGAGCACAACUCAGUGAAGUGGUACUCGCUGUACGCACUGAUAAUUAAGGAGGGAGACAUGAGGUACGACGCGUCGGGAAAAGGAACGAGCUUUAACACGCUGCUGCUGAGGCCGGAGGAGGACGGACCGUGGUACAGAAUGUCGGAAGGAAAGGUGGAAAAACUGACGACGAAAAUGGAGUUCACAGAGUGGAAGUGCCACAGAGACUUCUUCUGCGUCUCAGCAGUGUACAUCGCAGAAGACUACAUAGACAUGCUGCAGGUGGGAGAAGUGGACCUGAUAGGAAACCUGAAGGACUGGAACCCGAAGCUGUACUACGCGACGCUGGCGGAGCUGGGAGUGACGGAGCAAGACCUGCUGGCAGCAGUGGAGUACAGAAUGAACAUGCCGAAGAGCGGAGCGUCGGAAGAGGAGCAGGAAGAGUAUGCGUCGCUGAAGAACCAAGAAGAUAUGAACAAGGAGCUCUACGAGGAGUACACGAAGCACCUGCUGGGAGACGUGGCGAGAGAAGGAAACGAAGAGGAGCGAGACAGAGAAGGAAGAAGAGCAGACUCGAUCUACGACUACCUGCACCUGAGGAAAAUAGGAAGAGGAAAUCCGAAGCUCUCAGCAUGCUGCGACGUGCACGGAUACGACCUGGAGGUGCUGGCGAGCCUAGACGAGAAGGAGAGAAGGUACAAGUACGAAGUCUCGGCCUCGAAGAGAGAGAUCAUGAGGAGAGUUAACAGACUGAAGACAGUGGCGCCCUUAGUAAGCUGGCUGCUCAACGCGUCGAAGGAAAACUCGGCAAUGCUGCACGCAGUGAACCCGACGGCAGAAGGAAGCCUGCUGGUGGACUUUCUGCAGAGAAGAGAGAGAAUAUUCGAGGAGGAGUUCAGGCAGAUGAUCUCGGAGCUGUUCUUCAGGGAACUGUGCGAAAACGUGGCGAACAACGGAGUGUACACGUGGGAAGGAGAAGGAUGCUCGUGCGGAUGCAGCUGCAAGAUGUGCAAAAACAGACCGGCGCUAUUCCUGACGGAAAACGGAAGGUUCCCAGGAGAAGAGGUGAGGACGCAGCUGCUGGAGCCAGCAACGAUCCUGUUCAGAAACAUACAAAUACUGAGGUGUCACCUGGAGUACUUCUGCAGAGACUGCUGGAACCUGAGAGCGCAGCUGAGAGAAAAAGGACACAUCAAAGAGCCGUUCUCGAUUAAGGAAAUGGAAGUAAAGCCAAUCAAACACCUGCUCGAAGGAAGCGGAACGAGUCUGCCGUACCCGCAGCUGCUGCCGAACCCGAAGAGCCAAGGAGACGCGCGCUACGGACAGCAGACGCCGGAGGAGCUGAUCUCGCGGAGGUUCAUCAAGUACGAAAUGGAGUCGAGUCAGGCACUGCAGAACCUGCUAAACACGCCGAAGCUGGAGCUGGGACAGAAGAGCUCGGAGGUGACGGAGUUCCUGUCGACGUCGGAAAGGUCCUCGAUCUUCCUGGUCGAGUGCAUCUGGGACGCGUGCGUGCGCUACACAAUGGACUGCAGAACGAUGCUGCUGCUGAAGGCGUGCACGGACGAAAACACAGUUAAGUUUAACCUGCCAGCAGCAGUGAAGAGCCUGCAGGAGCAGAUUCAGCAGACGAAGACGCUGUACCCAAUCGAGGGAAGAAAUAACGCGCUAGACCUGCCGGACCAAGAGGGCAUGAUACACUUCGAGGCGAAGUACGAUCUUACAGUGGAGCAGGAGCUGGAGAUCAUGCGCAUCUACAGCAAAAAGUACGACCUGCCGGCAGUCUCGGAAAUGCGCAACUACCUGAGGAGAAAGAGAGUGCUGGUGUACCCGCUGAUAAGGCCGCACGAGCUGCUGAGAGCAUACAUGCUCCACAAACACGGAGUUAACGUGCGAGAAGAGCUGGAAAAAAUGGGACACAAAAUCCUGUGGAACGAAAGGUCGUUUAACCAGAAGGUGCUGCUGUCAGACCUGAAGCAGUCGGAGCUGAGAAUACUGGGACUGAAGGAACAGCUGCCGGACGGGUACGAGGAAAUAGGAGCAAACCUGUGCAGAACGUACGAAAAACUGCUGACGAAAAUGCUGGUGCACAUGCAGGACGCAAACAAAAACGAGUACCAGAACUGUUUCGACUACGUGUACACAGUGGGAGACCUGGGAAAAAUAGUGGAGUCGAUUGAGAUGGACUGCGACAUGACACUAAACAUGAUCAAGGCGAAGCAGAAGGAGAUGGAGGCAGCAGGAGAAGGCACAAAUAAGACGCCGGAAGAAAGCGCAUGCGCAAACUCCUGCGGAAGCCUGGGAAAAAACAUACACCUCUGCACGCACGAGAGCUGCGUGUGCAUGGGCCACGAGUGCAAGUACAACUUCGGCUACAACGGAUACAUACUGCCAUUCUGGGUCUCAAACGAAAUGGCGGACCUGACGGUCUUCACAAACUCGCAGCUGCAGGCAUACAACGAGUCGCUGAUCGAGGACCUGUCGGAAAUGUGCCUGAAGUCGGACGACAAGAAGAAGAAGAAGGUGAAGACGGGAAAGCAGAGCCUGGAGAAGGGAACCUGCAUCAUACCGCCGCUCGACGUGAAGCUGAAGAGCAUCUCAUUCGACCAGGAGCGGGCGCACCGGAGCGACCCGCAGGUCUUCCUGAGCCCGGACAGCGUCGCGCGCUUCUACUGCAAGAAGGAGAGCGCGCAGGCGGGCCACAAGUUCAAGCAGACGAACACAGGGCCGAACCCGCACAACCACACGCUUAACAUGUCCAUCUGCUACCUGCCGCUGCUGAACCUGACUGCGCGCCGCGCGAAGGACGCGCCGAGCUCAGCACCCAACAAAUUAGAGGCAGGUAAAACCUUGGCGGGCGGGACCACGGCAACCGGUACAACCUUGGCAGGUACAACCUUGCCAUCCGGUAAAACGGCAACCGGAACAACAACUACAGGAACAACAGCAACUACGGGACCCGGGACCGUGGCGGACGACGCCGACUUUAGGCCGACGAUGUUGAUCAACUGCAAGUUCGAGGGCACAGACGGGGAGUGUUACAAGGUGAAAAACUCGCUGGAAAUAGGAAUACUGACGACGCACGACCUGUUUGGACUGGAGGGGUUCUCGUGCGAGACGAAGGUAAUGCCGACGAAAAAGCUGCACGUCAACCACAAGUACCACGGCGCCGCGACGAAGGUGGCGCACCUGUACUGGGCAAUAAGGAAGCUGCUGAGCGCACAAAUCUCAGAAGAGUUCAUGACGCUGGGGGCAAGUAAGACGAAGAAGAAGACGAAGUGCCUGUGCGGAAACGAAUGCCCGGACGAAAACGAGUGCACAGUGAAGCUGUCAUGGAGGCCGUGCGCAGGAGACUGCUUCAUGCUCUACGCAUUGAAAAACGACGUGCACGCACUGCGCAUGGGAAAGAAGUUCGUGUACAUGCAGCCGAACAUGGACCUGAGCUACUACGUGACCACGGAAAAAAGCAGAGCUCCAGACAUAACGGUGCUUAUAUGCGGAGGACCCUCCUCGUUCUACAUUAACGGGCCGAACACAUGGUUCCCACUGCAGGACGACGCAGAGUACCCGCUGCUGAUAUUCAAGUGGAUGUGCGUGGACAGCGUGGACCUGCUGUGCCUGGGAGCAGUAGUGUGCGACGCGAAGAAGCAGCUGCAGCAGUACAUAUUCGAGUGGCUGCUGCCGAUCAUCAGAGAGCUGGGGUACCUGUCAAGUCUGGAGGGAAAGGAGCCGGAGCAGGAGGGGCAGAGCAAGGAGACGUCGAAGGACGAGGACGUGGACAAGUACCAGGUGCUCGAGGAGUGCCACAUAAGAAGCGUCCAGAACGUGCGAAGGUGGAGCUGCGCAAUCAAGAAGAUCAACAAGAAGUCAGGAGACGUGAUAAUCACGCAGCUUAAGAGAACAAUAGACUCGCCAGCAACGAUAAGGUUCAAGGAGUCGGUCUCCUUCAUGAACUCAGUGAAGGAGCUGACGGAGCUGGAGGCACUGGAGCUGCUGCCGGACUCAAACAACUUCUACAGCGACACGUGGGCGAACCCGCAGCAGGACGAGCCGGACAUGGGAAGUAAGCUCUCGAAGAAGAAGAAGAGGAAGUCGACGAAGUCGGCAAUACCGUCGAACAAAAAGAGCACGUUCUCGAGAAGAGUGCAGCCAACGGAAGACGACGAAGAAGAGGAGCAGGAGCUGCAGAGCCAAGAGCAGCGCCAGAACGACGAUAAAGCAGCAGAAGCAGUGGAACACGGAGGAAAAAAAGAUGAAGAAGAGCCUAUGGAGAAGGCCACGAAAACCACGAAGACGCUUAAGGAAGUGGAAGGAGGGCUUCCGGCGAGAGAGGAGUACGAGGAGAGGGAUCAGAAGAUGUCGGCAAUGAGCGACUUCGAGGGCAAGUUCGAGGCGUUCGAAAACUUCGAAAGGCAGUUCGAAAACGAGUACGAAGGGGACUUUAUGGAGGAGGAUAGUCUGGGGCGCCUGAACCUGACGGAAAAGCAGAGUCUGCUGGACCCUGCGCCCGCAUCGGCUUCUGAUCGGUUGGAGGCGUCGGCGAAGAGCACGACGCAGGGCCCCGGUCAGAACAUCACGACGCUGGUGAAGGAGGGAGAGUGCAGAAUGGUCCUGGACCUGUGCCCGACGCUGGGCCUGGCGAGAGUGUGCGAGGAGGUCUACGAGCUCUUCGAGGCGGAGUUCAAGUCGGACUUCAUACAGAGGAACAAGCUCGAGUACGCGCAGAUGGCGACGCAGAGCGGCCUGCAGCUGGGAAAGAACCUGAAGAACCUGCUGAAAGUGGUGAAGAUGAUGUUCACGCGAAUCAGCGGCCCGGAGCCGGUGCGCCAAAUGGUGAAGAAGCUGUACGAAAACUACGCGCUCAAGGCGAGCUUCACGCUCUCGUACCUGCUCCCCUACUAUAACCCGACGAUACAGCUGAUGGACGACGUGCUCGAAUACGUCCUCGAGGACCUGAAGAAGUACUCGCACUUCCUCUUCAGCUACAACAACGAGUACAUUAAGAUGCUGCUGCAGCAGAUGGUGCUGAGCAUCUGCAAGAACGAAAAGAUAAAGGCGAAGCUGGACGCCUCGGUGCUCUUCCUGAUGAACACAGUGGUCACGCCGAGAAUGUACGCGCACGCAUACGCGCAGAGCUACCAGAAGGUGCAGCCGCUCUCGAACUACCAGAAGAUACAGCCGCUCUCGCCCUUCCAGAAGAUGCACCCGCUGGGGCCGUACCAGAAGCUGCAGGCGGGCUUCGCGAGUCCGAAGAAGAGCCUCGACUCGGAGGACUCGCCGAGGAACGAGGACCUGGACAGCAACGACCCUGACUCGGGCAACGAGCUCGGCGAUGGCGACCAGAUGUCGACGCCCUCGAAGGGAAGCAGGCACAGGCAGCACCGCGCGGGCGCCUACGACCUCGAAAACGGCUACCACACGGACGGCUACAAGCACGCGGAGGAGAGCUACGAGAAGAAGCUCGAGCUCGAAAAAAUGAUGGGGCAGCGGAGCGUGCGCGAGACGCUGCUCCACGACCUGGACGACGAGCUCGUGGGCAGGCCGCUGCUCCACUGGCUCGAGGCUGAGAACGAGCAGUUCGAGAAGCUCUUCUUGCAGCAGCUGAAGACCUGGUGGAGCGCCCGCCACUCCGUGAUGGACAAGAUCAGGGCGAGCAUUCACCCGUCGAACGACAGGGACUCGAUUCACAUCAACUUAGUGAGCUCGGGCUCCGGCGCGCGCGACCACCGCGGCAGGGACGACCUCAGCCUCGACGUCUUCGACCUGCGUAUUCUCCUCCAGUUCGCCGAGAGCUGCCCCGACGUGUCACUCUGCUUCAACCGCGACAGCAUCACGCUCUACUUCCACGGCAAGAUCGACCGCAGGCAGUUUGUGCGCAGCAUCAAGGAGGCGCGCAGGUUUUUCGGCUCCAACAGCACCACGCGCUCCGUGCCGAACCUGCCGAUUGAGCACACUGACACGCCGGUCGCGAGCGCGAGUCUGAUGGACAUGCAGCUGAACACGAGUCAGACUGCCCUGCUUCUCCUUUCGCUAAAGUACUCGAGCUUUUCGCAGCAGGUUGACUCUCAGUUCCUCGAGUCGAUUUGCAAGUACAAGACCCACAAGCUGAUCAACAUUCCGCCUCCGCCGAGGAGCUCCGCGAGCAUGCAGGAGUCAGUUUAG